AUGAGGCGUUUGGUUCUUCUGGCUAGCCACCUGCUGGCCAGCGACGACAAACCUCCUUCAAAAUCCUACGAUGACUGGCCAAAUUCCCAAGGGUUCAAUACGACCUACGAAGAGAGGACUCCAGUAGAGCUUGAGGUUGACGGAAUAAUUCCCUCUUGGGCUGCAGGCACUCUUUACCGCUCAGGCACCGGACACGCCGAGAUUAAAACUGAGAAAAACGGCACAUUCAAGACGAGACAUUGGUUUGACGGCCUAGCUAUCGUGCAUCGAUUCCAAAUUCUUCCUCCCGACCAAGACCACCCAGCCGUGCGGGUGGUCUAUAACUCUCGCAGUACCUGUGAUGGUCUGAUCGACCAGAUCCAAAAAACUGGCGAUCCUCGACUGAUGUCUUUUGGGAGAAGAUAUGACCCCUGCCGAAGUUUUUUUCAGAAAAUCGCCUCUGUUUUCAGAGCGAUGGAGAGUCCUGCUCCUAACGAAGUGUCAAUGUCGAUUACUCUGUCUGCUUCCUUUCCUGGGCUGGAGAAGCUUGAGAAAAAAACAAGCGACCAGGCGCCGGGUAGAGUGCGCAAUCUCAUCAAUAAAACCGACAAUUCAAACCUCCAGUCACUUGACCCGGAAACCCUUGAACCUAUAGGUUUAGCUUCGCAGGCCAUUCUUCACCCGGACUUAACGGGACCCUUUUCCGCUGCCCAUGCUAAAUCUGACCCCGUAACGGGUGAUGUAUAUAACUAUAAUUUACAGCCUGGGCGCAAAGGGACCUAUCGCGUAUUUUGCGUUUCCGCUUCUACAGGCAAGACGUCCAUCCUCGCUACCAUAUCCGCAGAUGCGUCCUACCUUCACUCGUUCUGCCUGACAGAAAAUUAUGUUGUUCUUUGUGUAUGGAACUCCUUCUACGCCGCGGGCGGUAUUGGAGUCCUGUGGAACCGAAACAUCAUGGACGCUUUGUCAUAUGAUCCAUCACGUCCUGCGCGAUGGUACGUGGUAGACCGCCGCCCCUCUGAGGCUGGGGGUAGAGGUCUUGUAGCUUCUUACACAAGUGACCCGUUCUUUUGCUUUCAUACUGUCAACGCUUUUGAAGAAAAAGUGGACUCAACUGGCAAAACUGACAUCCUUGCUGACAUGAUUAUAUACAACAACUUAAAUUGCAUUUCCGAGUUUUAUCUUGAACACUUGAUUGGUAACCACCAGUCUAGUUCCUCUGCAGCUAAUUCGAAGUACACUACCCUUUUAACGCGCUUCCGCCUGCCCUCGUUACCGCCUUUGGAUACGAGGUCAUGCCAACCAUCAAAACAAGCUGUGAUUGAAGUUCAGAGCGAUCUCGAAGAAAUUUUUGAAUUGCCUACUCUAAACCCUCGCUAUGUUACACACCCACAUCGCUAUAUUUACGGGGUGAGACAUACGGGUAGCAGCACUUUCUUCGACGGGCUUGUCAAAUAUGAUGCAAAGCGCCAAACGGCUACAUAUUGGAAGAACCCCUCACAAUAUGCCGGGGAGCCUAUUUUCAUUCCUAGAAAGCAAACCAACGGCGACCCAUUGGAUAAUAUUGAUGAAGAUGAUGGGGUGCUACUGUCGGUAGUCUUGGAUGGGACCGCAGGCAAGUCGUAUCUUCUAGUUCUCGAUGCCAGAACUAUGAAGGAAGUUGCAAGAGCAAGUGUGAAAGGCGCUAUUGGGUUCGGUUUUCAUGGUACACACGUUCCUAGUUUUGAGGGCGAAAAGGCCUUGGACUUUUGA